AUGGAUCAUUUGAUAGCUGUCUUACCUCGGAUAUCUACUGCACCCGGUGUAAGCUCUGUUGCUGUUUGCUCUUCCGAAUCUGUUAAUAGAUUUUCCAGUGCGCCAAGUUCCUCAUUGGAGUCCUAUUGGCUAGACAGUUUUGUGAUUGUUGGAAUACUCCAGUUACUUAUGACUAUGGCAACGAGUCCAAAAGAACUUUUGUCAAGUGUGUCCAAUGCUUAUUACCCUAAUGAUCUUCACUCUUACGAACAAUGGGUAACUUACAUCAACAAAAUGGAAGAGAAAGUUAGAUCAGUGGGAUUAGAUGAAGAUAUUCCUAAAGUUCUUUUAGGAGUAUAUGAAGACGCUGUGAACAAAUUAAAAACUGACUGGACUAAUGAGACGUUCACCAUAAUUUUUUUCCGAAGAGCGGUUCUCGAUGUGUUCGAAAAUGGUAGAGACAGUUUCGCGUAUCUUACUUCAUGUGCUCUUUAUGGAUGGAAAAAUGUUCACUUAAUUGUAGGCCUAGCUCAUCAGUAUUGCAUGAAUGGUGAUAAAGUCAAAGCAAAAUGGGUAUUAAAUGCCUUAAAGAAGCGUUAUGAUAGUAGUGGAGUAGAAUUACUACGAAAAGCAGAGAAUUUAGUGGACAACGAUGGCGACUUCAAGCCAUUAGUGGGUCCAUUCUACUACUUACCAUAUUCUAAACCUCGGGAUAUAAAUGCUGAAUUGAGUCCAGUUAAACCUUCUACGACAUCAGAAGUGAUUAGUUCCAAUGGUGAAAAUGCAUCAAUUGUCCGUUUGACUGCGGAAACGGAUCGAAAAAUGCUAAUUAGCGAAUUCAAGGAUUCAACGAACUGUACAUCACUUUACACUCCACCAGAGCUUAUUCAAAUCGAUAUGCAAGGUUCAGCCGAAAAUCCAGGACGAAAUUCGUCUUUAGAACCGUGUUCUUCGUCCACUGUUUCAAUGUCUGUGGGACUUGAGGAACGUUCACCUCUCCAUGGUUGCGAUGGAUUUGGAACUGGGGAACACUACCAUUCUGUAGGUGUACAAACCGAUUUAGAAGAUGCAGAGAAGAAUGAAGUGAUAGUUGGAGGUGAAUUCUAUCGAAUAAUUGGUAGAUUAGGUGAGGGCGGUUCAUCUGUGGUGUAUUCAGCUUUGGAUGGCAAUUUCAAUCCUUGGGCAAUUAAAGUAGUCAGAUUGAAGCAUAGUACUCCGAAGGAGUGUGUCACUUCCUACCUACACGAGAUUGAAAUGCUCAAACGUUUCCAGAAAAGCGAUAGGAUUAUCCGAUUGCGAACAUAUCUACAAACGCCGGAGCUUAUUAUUUUGGUAAUGGAGAAAGGCGAAUGUGAUCUGAGUAAAAUUAUUAUUGAAUAUGCUUCUGAAGGAAGUAGCACAACGUCUUCAUUCGUUGGUCGUAUGCCGACAACAGCUGUUAUACUCUACUGGGAACAGAUGUUAAGAUGUGUGAAAGAACUUCAUGAUCUAGGCAUCGUUCACUUAGACUUGAAACCACAGAACUUUCUUUUAGUGGAGGGUCAAUUAAAACUUAAAGGUUUUAAAGCUAGUCGGAUACUACCAUGCAAAUCAUCGACAUUAGAUGAACAGAUGCAUUUGGAAACUGUACCGUAUAUGAGUCCAGAAGAGUUGAAGAAGAGGUCAAAACGUAGACCGACAUAUAAAUGGGGUUGUUUUUCAGAGGAGAAAAAGAAUACUGAACUUAAGAUUGGUAGGAAGUCUGAUGUCUGGUCGUUGGGCGUAAUCCUGUAUCUGAUGGUUUAUGGGAAGACACCAUUUUCACAGAAAACAGUAGAAGCACGUAUGCAGGCAAUAAUCAAUCCAGCUAUGAAAAUCCCUUUUCCAGUUAUCAACAAUAAUUGGUUUCAAAAAGCCUUGGAAGAAUGUUUAUCUCGAAAUUAUCACGAACGUCCUACUGUCAGUGACUUAUUAAAUUAUGAAUAUGCUCCUAGUACCUAUGUUACGGACGAUUAAUGGUAGGUGUUCUGUUUUAAAUCGUGUUU